AUGGUAAGAGAGCUCGAGGGACAGUCGGCGGUACUAUCAGACGAAAAAAUGUUGAGGAUCGUAAGCCUGGCAGUGACUUUGGCCGUGUGCGUGGCACGACCCAACCAAUGGGACGACCAGCUUGGGCUCUUCCCUGCCGACGGCGGAGACUCUCAGCCCAUCUUGCCUCGCGCCGUCGCCAACCCUACCCCCCAACCAGAUACUCGACGCAGUGCUCGAAGGAGCUAUCGCAUACAUGGAAGCACUAGGAUGGUGUGGAUCCAAAAACGUGCAGAACGGAGAGUCAAACUGCCCUUCCAAGUCAACUCUGACGGAAGCAGCUCCGAGAACUUCAGCAUCACUAAGGCCAACGUGACUGGACUCUGCUCCCUGCGCCGCUCCAAGUCCGCUUCCUUCAACGCCGACCAGAGUGUGCUCUCCGGUUCGGUUGUCGUGGAAAACGCUCGUGCCAACGCCUACACACGCUACACCGCAAGAUCGGGUCACGACCUGCUUGAAAGUGCAAGCAACUUGGACGGCAACAAUAUGAAGGACGUUCACAGCGCCGGCUUCAGGAAGGCUUUGCGAGAGAUCCUGGAGAAAACCAUGGCUUCCAACGUGAAGGUGCAGAUUAACAAGUCCAUCCAGGAUAUGAAGAAUGCUUAA